ACGCGCUCCGCUUUCGGAGGACGAUAGCGCGCCUGCGCAGCAGGAAAGCGGGCCCGGGCUGGCGAAGGCUAAACAGCGCGUGCGCGCGAGGUCACAACGAGGCGCGGAACGUCAGUGCGCGAGCUGCGGUGGCACCGUGGCCGCGGGUGCGCGCGAGUGCGGACUUGGAGCGCGUCGCGGGCCCAGAAGGCUGCAAACCCUUCGCCCUUUCUGUCCUUGUUCUUUUGCGAACUUCCGGGCUUCCCUGCUCUUCCAAGAAUCAUUCUUGAGUGGGGCCUGGGAGCCGGCGAACGGUCCACGAUGAGCUAUAAGGCAAAGAGCCUGCUGGAGGCGAUAAAGUUCUCAGGCAAGGCUCUCGGUUUUGACAGAAGUUUGGAAAAGGUGACCGUUGUUUCUGCUGUCCCUGGGAAAGUGAUUUGUGAAGUGAAAGUAGAAGAGCAGCAUACCAAUAAAAUGGGCACCCUCCAUGGUGGCAUGACAGCCACCUUAGUGGAUGUCGUAUCAACAUAUGCUCUGCUGUGCACAGAAAGGGGAGCACCCGGAGUCAGUGUCGACAUGAACAUAACGUACAUGUCACCUGCUAAAAUGGGAGAAGAUAUAGUGAUUACAGCACAUGUUCUGAAGCAAGGAAAAACACUUGCGUUUGUUUCUGUGGAUCUGAUGAACAAGGCCACGGGAAAAUUAAUAGCACAAGGCAGACACACAAAACACCUGGGAAACUGAGAACAGCAGGGUGACCUAAAGAAACUCAACAAUGUCCAGAGUAAAUCUGACUUGAACAAAUAUAAUUUUCAAAAUAAAUUAGCACAACCAGAA